UUACGUAAGAAACGUAAAAUACGCAGAUGGAAAAAACCCCAGCUGGUGGUUCCGACUCCCGAGUACCGGGUGGAGUUUGACAAGCAAGUAGAACCUCCUGUGUGGAAUUAUUUCGCAUCAUUACAACAGAUAUUUUUGUGUUUAUUCGCAGGUUAGAGACAUUUGUUGAAAAAUGAACGGAAACGAACAGCGCCGGUGUUCCUUUCACUGAUGCUAAGUCCUUCCGAUAGAAGACACAGAAACAUUUAGCUAACUAAUUUUUCAUACGUUAUUGACUCGUAACCAGUGACGGCAGGUCAAACAUGCUUCAGGCGUUUCUGAAACACGUCCGUCGGUUUCCGUGGGUCACGAACGUCACACUGUACGGCUGCCUGUUCGCCGGGGGGGACCUGGUCCACCAGUGGUUCUCUCUCAGGGACCAAAUGGACUGGAGUCAGACGCGCAACGUUGCGGUGGUCGCCUUCAGUUUCCAUGGCAACUUCAAUUUCUUCUGGAUGCGUUUUCUGGAGCGCAGAUUUCCGGGAUACUCCAUGAGAAUGGUGAUGAAGAAACUUUUCCUGGACCAGACAGCGGCUGCGCCAUUGGCUACCAGCGUCUUCUACACGGCCGUCAGCUUCUUGGAGGGUAAAGAGGACAUCUUUGAGGACUGGAGAGCAAAAUUCCUGAAUACAUAUAAGACCGGGUUAAUGUUCUGGCCGUUCAUGCAGUUUCUGAACUUUGCCCUGGUGCCUCUGUACAUUCGGACCACCUUCACCGGCUGCUGCGCCUUCGUCUGGGCCACCUUCCUGUGUUUCUCCCGUCAGACUGGUGACGGCACAGCUAGAGCUGCGCUGGCAUGGAUGUUCCCUCCUAAACAUGAACCAGAAGAAGAGGAAGUAGACUCCAAGCACGAGGUGGAAGAAGCUGCAUCAUCUAAACCUUUACAGCGAGGUUAAAGAUACUCGAUGUUGCAGUAACACUGCCAGGUCCGUUGGUCUCAGACUCGUGUGUGUCCUCGUGAUGCUGCAAGGUCCUCUGGACCUCCAUCCUCUAGCUCAACGAAUGUUAAUGAUUCAAAGCAAGUUAAUGGUGGUUUAUGGUUGGGUUCCUACAUUUACAGCAAGUGAGGUUCCUUAAGCCCGAACCACGCUGCACUUUUCAACUGUUGCACAAGACUGCUCAUGACACACUGAUAACUCUAGCGAGGUGGCGCACCACGGCGCAUGAGUUCAGUGAGCCAGACGGCACGAUGUCUCAUCCCAGCAGGAAACGCUGCAUCAUGAGCACACCCCUCGAAAAGCUUACGUCACUAAAAGCAGACGGCUACUCAAAACAACAACGCUGAAAGAGAGAAGUGCUGCCGUUAACACUUUUCUUAGAACACAAGCUCCAAAAAAGGAGGGGUCCGCUUGUUCCUGCGUGUAGCAUCCACUGUUGCACGCUCAUCACUAGCUGUUCGUGUCAAUCCCUGGGCGUAUUUUCAUUGGUCGAUUGAAGAUGGGAGUCGUAGGUUUCCAAGAAGACUGUUGGAGGCUGACUUUGGUCAUGCGAGUGCUCCUUAAGCUCUUGCAGAGCCGGUCACACUGGACGGCCACAGGCUUGCAAAUCACCCUCAUGUUCAUCGUUAUUUUGUCACGAUUCUGUUCACGACGUGAGAUUUGUCUAGGGUGGCCAAAAACGCACAGUGUGGUUCGGGCUUUACUUAUAAUAAUAAUAAUAAUAACAACAACCAAUCAAAAAGCGUUUUCAGUCUUAAGCGCUUUAAGCACAAUGAGGCUAAAACUGAACAAAUGAGUUAUGGGUAAUUAGAGCUGAUUGAUGUUUAAUAUUAUUAUCUAAUAGCUCUUGUGUGCAGCAACAAUCAUUUCCAGCACGUGGAGUGGUAACUACGUAUUCAGCUUUGACUUUGUAAGAAUAACAUAUUAGUAAGUGGUUAUUACCCUGAUCAUGGUGAACUACUAUUAUCCAGGUUGUAUUUUACUCUCUGGUACCUCAAGUGUGAAAUGCUUCUAAUUUUUAAAGAUGUGGUUCACUCGUUCAAUCAACACGUUUGAAGUGGUCUCUUGUAGGAAUCGCUGCUUUCCAAGUUGCACUCUGAGGAAACAAAGCUCCGGUGCAUCAGUUUCAGUGUGUAGAAGGGAGCCACAUUAGAGGUAAGCUUCAGAUGAGGAAGUACAAGUUACUGGAGGAGAAAGUAGUUCAGACGAGUCUUAUUUCCUGAUAUGUGGACAUCUCUCCUCUGAUUGGCUAACAGCAACACGAUUCUACCACUGACUCUGUUUGCUCUGCAACGCUGAUGUUUUAUCUCCACAAUUAGCACAAGCCUGGAGGAGUUCUGCUGAGUGGUGGAGUUGCUAAUGCUAACAGUUAGCUUCUACUAGCAAAGACGUUCUCUGCUGUUUCCUGGACGCUAAACCAAACACAGCCUUCCUCGUCGUGAGUCAAGAUGAAUGUUAAAGGGAUACUUUGCAACUUUUUCAUAUAUUUUAAAUUUAUAUUUCUGAUAUAUGUGCUAAUUUACUUGUAAAGCCACCAUUAAAGACCAAAAUUAGCUGAUGCAUUUAAGUCAACAAAUUUAUGAGCUGAACAAACAAUAUAAAUAUAUUAAAAGUAUAGAAAUUUGACCUGAAAAGAUAUUUUUAAUUUUCACAUUUGCCAUUUUUUGUUUAAAUAAUUUAGUAAUGAACAAUUUAAGAUGAUGUAUAUCUAUUGAUAAAUGUUACUGAACUGCUGAAAUGCUGCAUGAAUAUUUCAGUAUGUUUAUGUAAAAACCGUCAUUUCAAGCUUUUCUUCUGCUUUUGUGCCGUUUUAUAUGUUCAUGGGUGCUCUGAGGUGUUCCAAAAGCCUUCAAACGCUUUGUUUCACCUGCAUUGAUUCUUCCGUAAUGUUUUUCGGUGCAGUUUGAUAUAAAAGUUGCUUUUGUUUAUUAUUUGAGAUGAACUUACAGGAAAUGUUUAUAUUAUUCAUUGUUUCAGCUGAUAAUCGUCAAACAGUUGAUCACUUUCUGCAGAAACUUGUUCUCUUUCCUUGAGAAUAUUAGCAUUUUAGGUUGAUCGGUUGUGUAAUUAUAAGUGUAAGAAGUUUAUGAUUAAUUGUUAAGAGCAAACAAUAUGAAGAAAGCUGCUUAUGAUAUUAAUAUUUUAACUUCUACUUUCUGAGAGUAUAAAUAGUAUUGGUGUUGUAAUUCAUACAUUAUUUAAUAAUUCUGUGCUCGUGCCACACUGGAACAGAAAUGUCAACGCAUUUAAUAUUCUAGUUGUUCAUAUCUGCUGGAUGAUGUUAUUUAUGGUUUAGUUCGUACAAUCGGACGCCUCUGGUUUAUUUUUAGAGACUUAUGUAUAAUAUAUAUGGGUGCUCUUUAAUCUUUAAAUAGAUUUUAUGUCUCAAAGGUUUUUUGAACUUUCUGCAAAUGAAUAAGAAAAACAUCUUCCAUUUUUACUGAGCAUUAAAAUGAUUAUUAUUUGUGGAGUUUGUUAGAAUAACUAACAAGAGUCAUCUUCUCUCAUAAGUUCAGUUUAAUUAUCUGAAGAUUUUCAGGUGUUUGAUGGCAUUAAUAAAAAAAACAUGUAAUUAUA